CACAACGUUAGAUCGCCCAUCAUCUGAAAUAUUGAUUCGGAAUUCAGUAUGAUUUUUAAGACUUUUGUUUCAGUGCGGAAUUACACAGCAACUUAAAAAUGCUGUCAAAAUAAGCCAAUCGCGAGCUGGCUCUGUAACGGAGACAGCUGAUCUUGUCUGUACUACAUUUAUUUUUAUUUGAUCGAGUCGAUUUAGUUAUUUUUUGUCAUAUCCUACGGCAAUCAAUUCAAAGUGAUAACCAAAGCAAAUCAGUUCUACACUAAGUAAUUCUCAGUGUUCCAAUUUAAUUGAUAAGAAACACCGUUGCAAAUGAUCAACAAAAAUCACCACGUUCUUCCAAACACCCAACCAAUCGCGGUGCUGGAAUGUGAAACCGCCUUUAAAUUACUAACCGAAAAAGAAAAAUUUUAUGCGCACUAUUUUAGUCAGGCAUCCUGGGCCGGCGGUUUAAUUUCUCUAGUACAAUCCAGCCCGGAGGCUCCCUUGAUCUUUUCAUUGCUACACCGUUUGUUGCUAGAGGAAUCUAUUGAGGAGCUAAAAGGGGCGGUAAUCGAGGCAGGACUUAGUGAGGAUGAAUUUACGGCUUUCCUUGUAUAUGUCUGUGGCUUCCUUUCUAAUGCUGGAAACUAUAAGGGUAUGGGAAAUAGUAAAAUUGUGCCCAAUUUGGAGGAGGAUAGGUUGGACCUGAUCAUUAAACAUUCUAAAGCAUUUAAAAAGAAUCCAGAAUCUAUAGAAGCCCUAUGGAAUAGUGUUAGAAGGCCAAUAUUUCUUUUGACAAACCGAACUAAAACGCUAGGACUGUGCAAUCAGGGUAUUUCAACAUAUUUCUCAUCAAACAUUACACGCCAAGAUACUGAAUUGAUAACCGAGUGGAUGAAGGAAAACAAAAUUGAGGCGUACAAUAGCCGUACGUUCAAGACGAUCGAGAAUGGCAAAAAUUUGUAUACCAUAAAGCUCGCUUCCGUUAAGACCGACGAGAAGGAAGGAUUGACGAAGUCUCCGGUUGAAUAUAAAGGAAACAUUUUUCAAAUCAUAAGGGGUGAUUAUAAUGAAGUGCUGCAGAUUGUGAAUCAUCAUCUGGAAGAGGCAUGCAUUUUUUCCGCAAAUGAUUAUCAAAAGAAUAUGAUUAAAAGUUAUAUCGAAAGUUUUACGGAAGGUAGUUUGGAGAGUCACAAAAAUGCUUCCCGCCAUUGGAUCAAAGACAAGGGACCGGUUGUUGAAACAUAUAUAGGCUUUGUGUUUACCUAUAGAGAUCCGGUGGGGCAACGUGCGGAGUUUACCGGAUUUGUCUCCAUGGUCAAUAAAGAAAUGUCAGACAAAUUCAAGCUGCUCGUUAAACAAGCGGAAAGUUCGAUAAAAACGCUACCGUGGGGGGAUGAAUACGAGAAGGAUACAUAUCUGCAACCAGAUUUUACUUCAUUGGACAUCCUGACCAUGUCUGGAUCAUGCUUACCAUGUGGGAUGAAUAUUCCCUCUUAUGAAGAAAUUCGGCAGGAUGAAGGCUUUAAGAAUGUUUCGUUAGGCAAUGUGCUAGCAAACAUAGACAAAAAAGAACCGAUUCCAUUUCUAUCAAUUGAGGAUGAGGCAUUAAUGAAACGAUACAAAGCAUCAUCAUUUACAGUGCAAGUGGGACUUCACGAGUUACUUGGACAUGGCAGCGGAAAAUUGUUGCGAAUUGAUGGAAAAGGAGAAUUUAACUUCGAUCAGAAAAAAGUUAAAAAUCUACUGGACGGAGGGCUCGUGAGUAAAUGGUACGAACCAGGUGAGACAUUCGACUCAAAAUUCGAAUCAGUGGGCAAAAGCUAUGAAGAAUGUCGCGCGGAAGCAGUUGGGUUAUAUCUCAGUUUAGAUCGCGAUAUCUUAGAAAUAUUCGGUCAUACAGAAGAACAAGAAGUCAAUGACAUCAUAUAUGUAAACUGGUUACUAGUUGUGUGGGCUGGAGUGGGAGUAGCUUUGGAAAUGUAUGAUCUAACACGUAGAACCUGGCUGCAAGCUCACAACCAGGCUCGGUUUGUCAUAAUGAAAGCAUUACUCGAAGCCGGCGAAGGCCUAGUCAGCGUAGAAGAAACAGAAUCUGGUCAAAAUCUCCUGCUCAAGCUUGACCGCAGCAAGAUCAAUACGGUUGGCAAAGAAGCAAUAAAACAACUGUUAAUAAAGCUCCAAUUUUACAAAUCAACGGGUGAUGUAGUGGGAGCGAGCAAGUUGUACGAUCACUAUUCGGAGGUGAACGAGACAGGUCCGCAUCCUUGGGCCAAGUGGAGAGAUAUUGUCUUGAAGCACAAACGACCUCGAUUGAUCAGCGUGCAAGCGAACACUGUGUUGGAUGACGAUGGCACCGUGCAGCUUAAGACAUAUGAAUCCACCUUCCAAGGCUACAUUCAGUCAUGGAUAGACCGGUUUCCAAAAAGUAACAUUGAUGAGGUGUUGGAACGAAUGUACGAAGGUGAUAAAAUUUAUUUUCAGGAACUAUAUCAGGAAGCAAAUUAAUUAUCUAGGUUUUGAAUUAAACAUUACAAACCAAGAAACGUUUCAAUAUUGAA